AUGAUAUUAAUUUUGAUGCUGUGGCAAGUUUUUAAAACAUUAUCACAAAAAAAUGACGAACGAGAAUACGUAGCUACCUUUUCAUUGAAUGUGAAGGUUGAAGCAGAAGGUUCAUUCAAUCAGGAUGGAAAUGUUUUACCUGCGACGCAUUUAUUGUGGAGAAUCUCUCUUAGAAAAAAGUGUCAUUGCACGAUGGCAUUUGAUCAAGAAGUAAAUGCGAAACACAACAAUUCUAGCGUUUCUUGUUAUCAGAAUUUUGUACCUUGCGAUGAAAAUAUACAUAAUUUACAAGAAAUAACAAGGAAAAGCAAAACGAUUUAUCUAAAUCAAUCGAUUGAAAACAGAAAAGGAUCUUGA